AUGGCCAUUGCGCGAAGGUCGCUCGUCAGUAUGGUCCGCGAGGCCAGCGCGCGCUGGCCGCUCGCCGCUGUGCUCUUUCUGGGCUUGCUUACCGGGAUCGGGCCGCCCAGCGCCAGCGCCAUGAACGGGACUUGGCCCGAGCGCCGCUGGGAGAGCCUGCUGUCGCGCUCUGUGCUGGCCAUCUCGGGCGAGAGGGCGGACACGAGCUGGGAGAGCGACUAUUUGCUGGGCAUCAAGCGCGUGCGGCGGCUCUACUGCAACGUGGGCAUCGGGUUUCACCUGCAGGUCCUCCCAGAUGGCCGGAUCAACGGUGUGCACGACGAGAGCCAGUACAGUCUGAUCGAGAUCUCUGCGGUGGAGCGCGGGGUGGUGAGUCUGUACGGCGUGAAGAGCGAGCUGUUCGUCGCCAUGAGUAGCAGGGGAAGACUGUACGGCACGCCCACCUUUAAACACGAGUGCAAGUUCAAGGAAACCUUGCUGCCAAAUAACUAUAAUGCCUACGAGUCUUCCGUUUACAAGGGAUUCUAUAUCGCUCUCAGCAAACACGGCAGAGUGAAGAGAGGCAACAAGGCCAGCACCUCCAUGACAGUCACUCACUUCCUCCCGCGAAUAUGAGCAAGACUGGCUCUCGUUUUGCACAUGUGGUUUG